AUGAGCGCUAAGAUAUCCCUGGCCGGGGCGAGCACGGCCCAGUCAGCGGUGAACCAUCGUGGUAAACCAUCGUCGGGGCUGUUGCUCGCCGGUACUGCUGUGAAGAGGCCGUCGUCGAUGACCGUAGAGGUGAUUGGCACCGAGGAGAGAGCCGUCAAACGAGCCGCCGUCCCAGAACUGGAAGCAUCGUCGGACACGACACGACCGAGCACGUUGAUAGACCGAGACAGCAACAACAGCAGCACCAUGCCAGCCUUGACGCGCAUCUGCGCCACUGCCACUCUGCCGAGGAUCAAGAGAUUCAAAUUCACCACGAUCGCGUCGGGGUCGCGUCUCGAUAUAACCGCGGCUGCUGACGUCAAGCCACCACCGCCACCGCCACAUCGUCAACACCCAGAGCAACCGUCCUCAUCACCUAUGUCUACUCUGGUGUGCUGCGAGCCGGUCUCGGCCGGACGGUCUCGGGACAACCUCAAACUGGUAUUGAACCGUAGCCUGAGCGAGCCUGGCCCGCCAGCUGGUGGCUCGUCAAGCUUCCUGUCCUCGCCGACGUCCACCGUAUCACCGUGUUCGUCGACCAGCAGCGGCGUGGACGUUGUCGACGGUAGUGACAGCAGCAGUAGCCCCGGUUGCAGCUUGAACGCAAGUGGUAGCAGCAUCGUUAGCGGUUGCGGGAGCAGUUGCAGCAGCUCCAGCAGUGGGACCGAUUGCGAUCUGCCAUUGGUGGACUUGCAUCAUCGUCACUAUCAUCUCCACCAUCAUCAUCACCAUCACUUCCAUCAGCUGUCCGCCUCGAAACGCUGCAAACUGGAGACCGUGAGCCUGCCCACGAGCCCCUGCAACGAGAACAACACGCUGCAGAGGCAGCUGGUGAUACAGAGAACCGGCACCAUAACCGCUGACGAGCUAGCGAACCGUCUGCCUAACCGUCAGACGAACGAAGGACCUGUUCUGUUAGAUUGUCGACCGUUCAUUCUGUACAACGUGAACCACGUGAGAGGCGCCAUCAACGUGAACUGCUCCGAUCGGUUCAAUCGAAGACGGCUACAGCUGGGGAAAGCUACACUGGCCGAUCUGGCCACGACCAGGGAGGGGAAGGAACUGUUACGAAGGAGACACUACAGGGAGGUGGUCGUCUACGAUGACUGCACCGAUGACCUGUACCGGUUGCCUGUACAACAUCCGCUGUUCCUUGUGUUGGUCGCCCUGCUGGAGGAUAAUUGGGAGCCCGCUCUUCUUCUCGGUGGACACAAAGAGUUCCAUAGGCGGCACAAGGACCUCUGCGAGGACACGCUUCUACCAGCCGGCGGAGCCGGUCCGUCGACCGUUGGCGGUUGCCCCAGUCCCGGUCCUGGUUGCCCGGUGUUGAGCCUAUCCGGGCCACCGACACCCCAACCGGCGGACAUCGAUAGCCAUCCAGCGUCCCGUGUACUACCGUUCUUGUACCUCGGGAACGGCAGAGAUGCGGCCGAUCUUCAGCUUCUUAGGGCGCUAGGCGCCACCAGGGUCCUAAAUGUCACGUCACAGCUGCCUGGUUAUCACGAGGAGAGGGGCAUCACCUACAGACAGAUCCCUGCCUCGGACUCCGGGCAUCAGAACCUUAAACAGUACUUCGAGGAGGCCUUUGACUUCAUCGAGGAAGCCCGAAAAACCGGGAGCAGCGUGCUGGUGCACUGUCAGGCCGGUGUUUCGCGUAGCGCGACGAUCGCGAUCGCGUACAUAAUGCGGCACAAGGGCCUGUCGAUGGUAGAGGCGUACAAGCUCGUGAAGAACGCCAGGCCGAUAAUCAGCCCGAACCUGAACUUCAUGGGCCAGUUGCUGGAGCUCGAGCAAGGUUUGAGGGCGUCUGGUGGCAUGGCCCCGUCUGCCCCCGAGGAACAGCCGAAGAGCUGCCAUCAGUGUCGCUGGUCGCAUCAGCAGCAGAACAACAGCAGCGAGGAGGUUACGUCCGGUUGCAGCGUGUGAAGACGCGUGUUCCCGGGAUAUUCGGUUGGAACCGCGCUGCCAACGCCAUCUUUUGACCGGUGCGGUCCAAUCCGAAGGAACCAAACGAUUACGAGGCCGACCCCACCUCCCGGCGUCGAAACGAAACUAUACAUAUCCUGUAUAUCCGCGCGACUCGAAGUCCGUUUCUGUUCGCGAGGAAAACUAUAUACGAAGAAACAAGAAGAAGACGAAGAACUCGAAUUACCUUGCUAUAUACGUGCCUUGGCGAUCGCCCCCGGUAGAUUAUGGGAAAGGCUGAUUCACACAACACAGAGACAGAUUAAUUUCUAAUCACCGGAUAACUUUUGUUCAGUGGGAAUUGAUUGAAGAAGAGAGGGCCUCGUUGACCGGCGGGAAAUUCAAACGUUCGGGGAUCUAGAACGCCGCCUCUUGUUGUUAACAGCCAAUAAAACGGGUUCUAAUGUAUCCCCGUCACACAAGCACCUCCUCACCCUAGCCGGCAACGCUCCACGUCGCGGAUUAUUUAUUUCGUCGGAGAGAGAGAGACUUGGUGCAAUCGUCGUAUAAAGAAAAAAAGGUGUACUUACGCGACAGUGUUCCACGGUUGGUACAAAAGGUCUAAGACACCAUACAUAGGCGUUCGUUCUAGUAUUCAUUUCUUCCUGUCGUAGACGUUAGGCGAGAGUAUAUUAUUUUCAUGUUACGACGCGUUCUCGCCCCACCCCCCAAUUUUGGAAACGAUUUUCCGUGUAUACGUGUAUUAUAUUUAGGAAGAUGGGUAUUUUCGUUGUCCCUUCUUAUAUUCCCAUGUUUCGUUUUUCGCUUUUACAAGUAUAUAUUUUUUUUUUUAAUCUCGAGGGAUCUUAGAAGUACCUUUUAUUCAGGGGCACUGGUGUCGCGCGCACGUAGCCGUUGGCGAUCACGCUCGUUUCCAAUGUUGCGUCUCGAGCCUUCGUUGCACCCCGGGUAUAGAACUUGUUUUGCCAUGCGAGAUAAUAUAUAUUACGUGCACGUGGAUGGAUAAACGGUCGAAUUGUGAGAUCAGUAAUUUACUAUGUUUGCGUUUUAAUUUUUUUUUUCUUCUCUUUUUGCCUUUGCCUAUUUGUAUCUGUAUUUCGUGUAUUACACUACUUGAUAGCGAGGUGGUUUAUAUAUUUGGAUAAAAAUAAUAUUAUCGUUAACCGGAAAAACUUUUAACCACACGAGCGCUCCGUAGCAUUUAAGGAUCUUGGUUGAGAUCCAACCAUCGUGAUCAUCUAGUCGUUUGUUGGGAUAUAAUUUGAAUUACUGUAAGGUGCGAACGCGAAUGAGAGAGAGAGAGAAUGAAGGAAAGGGUAAAUGCUCCCCCCAGCCAAUUAUAAUUUAGAGUAAUAGAACCACGUGUCGUCGAGAAACUCGAGGGACAAAAUGGGAUACUAUUUUAGACGAAUACGAUGUAUAAUGAUGCCAAACACAGAUUUCUUUUUUUUUUUUUUUCAGGCUUCGAGCGUUUGAAGUUCGAUGUAACGACCAAAUUAUUACGCGAAUGUUGAUCUUUCUCAAACGUGUUUAUAGAAAAUAACAAUUGAAUCGCUCUGACCAAUGUACAAGCAUCGAGAGAUCAAACAAUUUUGCUGUCAUGUGUGCUGCGCUAUAUGGAUGCGCAGAUGGACACGGUUCUUCUGCGAAUACGCGUGUUUCAAGAAAUUUUACAAAUCUGUAACGAACUUCAUGCGACACUUUAAUACUGAUAUUCUGUUCAAGUAUUAUAGUGAAAUUCGAAAUAAUUAAAGAGCAGUGGGAAUCAAUAAAAUAUACUCUGCAUAUCACGCGUGACCAAAGAUUUCAAUGAACGCUCCCCACACAGCGGGAGGGAAAGCAUCCCUUUCUGUAAGUUCUUCGAACUAAAGAAUUGUUUGAGAUCUGUGCGAAUCAGGCUCGAACGGAAUCGCGCCACGGAAACUUUUUCGUCCGUACUGACACGAUUCACACUCGAGUCGCGAGGCAGUUUCAGUGUAUAUUCUGUUCGAGAAUGUGUUUCCAAUUGCCAGUUUCUGAUCGUCUUUGUAAAACACGUAUCUUAGCUUUGUAAUAUCGCUUUUAUUUUAACCGACAAGUCAUCCUCGUUAAUUCGCGCGACUACCGAGUUGAUCGUGGCGUGAAGAAAGAAAGAAAGAAAGAAAGAUCCACACUCUUUUGAUCGUCGAAAUACCUCGAGCAACGGCCUACAGGGGACCCGUUGAUUUAGGAUUUGUAAACACGUGCGAAUACUGUUACCGACACGACAAUCGCCGCGCGCUGUUAAUCAAACCGAGCAGCUGUUCAAAACGAAAAAGAGAAAGAUUGGAAGAAAGAAAUCGCUUCUUUUUAACCGAUAUGCCUUUCUACGUUAGAGACUCAACCUGUUGACAAUAAAAGCUCGACAAGCUAGAAAGAGAGAGAGAUAGAGCGAAACCUAUUAUUGUGUGUGGACAAAAGAAGUGUCAUGAUUAAUGGCAUACGGAGACCAGAGCAAGUUCCUUCAAAUAUAUUCUCUAAUUUCCUCACUCUCUCUCUCGAGAAUAAGAAGAAAACGGUACAUAUCAAAGAAACGUCGCCUUUAUUUUUCCCCUCUUUAAUGGAUCACGGAUACUUGAUGAUCGCGUCGCCAAAAGGUAGGGAGCAGCGAGAGUGGAAAGAGUAAUAGGUAGUGUAUCCCGCUAACCCAAGGAUGUCGCGACGCCCGCCGUGGUCCUUUGUAAAAAAAAUUAUAGUGGAUAGCGUUGUAAAUAUAAUAAUAAUAAUAACAACUAUCGCAGAGCGAAGACACACACACACACACACACACACACACACACACACAGGCGAUCGCGGAACGGAGGGGACAUUCGCAGAAAAAGAGAGUAGGAUCGGUAGCACCGUAAUAAAGAAAAAAAAAAUGUAAACAGAGAGGGAGAAGCGCGGAAGGCCAUUGGAGCGUGUAGUACCUGUUUUGCGUCGUAAGAAUGUAUAUGUGUAUGUAGCGUUUACUGGAUUGUGGAAGAACUUUAAAAAAAAAAAAAACAAUAAAAUUGUACAUGUCGACCUGCGAUAAACAGUCGUUGCGCUAAUUGCUUCUUCGAUGAGCGUGCUCUCACGUAAACCAGACCCAACAUGGUGUAUCGAACCAUGAAGCUGGGUGAGAGAAUGUUACGUUCAGGAACAUCCGAAGACCCGGUAGCUAUUCGACCGCUUAAGACCGUCGAGUGCAUAUCCUCGACCACAUUGUUUCACUGUCCUUCUAUACACCUGCAUAUCCUCGGCGUAAUUACAUAGUCUGAUAAAGCUGAAGGCACAAAGAAUAUAUAUAACGGGGAAAGGAAGGUUGGGGGAGACUUGAACAUAAUAGAUACGAUUAUUAAGAACAUGUUUAUUUAGACAAGAAAAUAUCGAAUUUCGAAUAUAAUAAAGGUUCCAAAUUCUUGCGAUGGGAAAUUGGGUGCGAGAAUCUUUUUAGACCGAGCAAUCUCUUCUUCGGGGAAUUGAAAUCACGCGCGGUUCGUGAAAA